AUGGACACCAUCUUACCACUUGACAAUUCAUUCGACCCGGAGACCCUCCACGCCGAGUUCUCACGGUACCUUCUCUACGAAAAGCUUCAGGGUGACUUGUUCGGACUUGCAAAGGUCUUGAUACGCACCCUCAAAGUACCUCUACUACUUCCCAUCGUCCCUCGUUUGGCACUCCUCGGCUUUACCUUCUCGCAACCCUUCUUCAUCGAAACGUUGCUGGACUAUCUAGCGCAACCUGAUCUCGACCCCAAUGUGGGAUAUGGGCUGAUUGGCGCGAGUUUCUUGAUCUUCUCCGGCAUCGCGGUUUCAGCAGCACUUUCUUGGUAUUUUCACCACCGCUUCCGCAUCAUGGUCCAAUCAAUACUGGUCCUGGAAAUAUUCAUCAAAGCUACAACAGCGCGUGUUGGAGCCACGGACCAUAAUGCUGCAUUGACACUGAUGGGCACCGACAUAGAACGCAUCCGUAUGGGAUUCAGACAUGUGCAUGAGAUAUGGGCAUCGAUGAUACAGGUCGCACUAGCCGCUUGGAUGCUUUAUAGGCGCUUGGGAAUUGCCUUCGUUGCGGCUAUUGGCCUAGUUGUAGUGUGCUUUAUCUGUCUAGCUGUUCUUGUCAACUUCACAGGGGACUCACAGAAGGCAUGGAUGUCGCGCGUACAACUACGCGUCGGCCUGACUGCUUCUGUUAUCGGUGGUAUGAAGAGCAUAAAGAUAUCCGGACUAUCUGGCGCCGUACGCGAAUACGUGCAGAAGUUGCGAGUCGAAGAGCUGGCUGCGGGAUCCCGAUAUCGUCGCAUAUACAUUGCCUCCGCAAUCCUGGGCUAUCUUCCCCUUCUGAUAGGACCAGCACUCACCUUCGCAUUUGCGCAGGGAUCGCUGGACACUUCGCGAGUGUUCACUAGUCUCUCCUUUCUUGGGCUGAUGACAGCUCCGCUGGCGCUCGUCUUCCAGUCUGUUCCAGAAAUUGUAUCUGCGUUCGCCUGUCUCGCCCGAAUCCAGACUUUUAUGGAAUGCGAAACUCGUAAGGAUGUUCGCCAGGUCCUUAUGGAGAGGACAGAUUCGUCUCAUCUAGCAGUGGUUGUGAAGAACGGCAAUUAUGGCUGGGAACCAGACAAAGUCGUGCUGCGCGAUGUAAAUCUCUCUCUGGCUAGAGGCUCGCUCAACAUGGUCAUAGGACCCGUAGCUUCGGGGAAGUCAACCAUCUGCAAAGCUCUACUGGGAGAAUUGCCGGUCAGCGAAGGUGACAUAAAGCUUGGAGUCCGGUCCAGCCAUGUAGGCUACUGCGAUCAGACGGCCUACCUGUUCAACGGAUCUAUAAAGGACAACAUACACUUGCCUGCUGCUGAUCACAUCAUUGCUAUUGGCAACGGUAUUAUCGAAGUACAAGGUACUUUCGAGCAAAUGAUGACCAGUAAAGCAUUGAGCCACUACAAUCCAUCUAAGAACUUGGCACAUAUAGGCUCGAAAUCAUCCUUCGAGUCGCCGCAAAUUCCACAAGUUCAAGUCUCUGUGUCGCCGACGACGAAGAGCGAGGCUCUGGCGCCGAAGAUCGAUGCGGCGCGCCAAAUUGGAGAUCGUUCAGUAUACAAACACUGGAUCAAGAACAUGGGCAUACCUCUGGCAUCUAGUAUCGGUAUCUUCGCAGCACUCUGGGGUUUCUUCAUCAGUUUUCCCACUGUUUGGCUCACCUUUUGGACCGAGGAUAUGAAGUCAGUAAACCCUACUCAUUCAAACGCCUACUACGUGGCGAUAUAUGGCUCACUCCAAGCUUGUGCGACGGCCUCCCUGCUGCUUCUCGGUAUUACCAUCCUCAUCAGCUCGAUCAAGAAGGUCGGUGCGAACAUGCAUGGCAGUGCCUUGCAGACUCUGGUGCAAGCACCGCUUGCUUUCUUCACAAACACCGAUACAGGUGUAACCACGAACCUGUUCUCGCAAGACCUCAAUUUGAUUGACACCGAGCUGCCGGACGCAACUAUCAGCCUGCUGUUGUCACUCACCACCGCCGUCGGACAGGUUGCCGUGAUGCUUAUGUCGUCCGCAUAUCUCGCCAUCAGCUACCCGUUCCUCGCUAUACUGCUGUAUGUAGUGCAGCGAUUUUAUCUGCGUACUUCUCGACAAUUGCGCCUGCUCGACCUCGAGUCGAAGAGUCCGCUGUACACACACUUCCUGGACACAGUCAGGGGCAUCACGACUUUGCGUUCGUUUGGCUUCACAUCCGAAGACAUUAGAAAGAACGCUCGAUUGACAAAAUCAAACCAGAGGCCCUCGUAUCUAUUGCUCAUGGUCCAGGAGUGGUUAAGCUGCGUACUCAAUGUUGUAGUCAUGGUGAUGGCAGUAAUAUUGACUACGCUCGCAGUUCAGCUCCACUCAAAAUCCGGAUUCGCCGGCGCUUCUCUCUACAGUCUACUGGGUCUUGGAGAAAGCUUAGCAGGUAUCGUGCUGUCCUGGACGAAGCUAGAGACCUCACUAGGCGCAAUCGCUCGAUUGAAGGCUUUUGGGGAAGCGGUCACACCUGAAGACACGGACGAGGAGACUAUCAUUCCUCCCCAAGAGUGGCCAGAACAUGGUACUGUCGCUAUCAAUGGUGUCUCCGCAACGUACAGCAAGCCAUGUGAAGGCGAGUGCAUGCCAAGGCUUGCUCUUCGCGAUAUCCGUGUGACCAUUAACCCUGGUGAAAAGGUAGCAAUCUGCGGACGUACCGGUAGCGGCAAGUCCAGCAUGAUCGCUCUCCUCCUCAAACUCUUAGACCCUGUUGCUGAGACAGCGGACAAUACGAUCAUGGACGGAAUCUCACUUCGGAAACUCGAUCGAAUGGCCCUACGUCAGCGUAUCAUUGCUGUUCCACAAGAGUCUGUGUUUUUGCCGGAUGGGUCCACAUUUCAAGCAAAUCUAGACCCAAACAACGCCUCAACAGCUGAAGAAUGCAGAGACGUUCUAGGAGCCGUCGGCUUGUGGGAGUUUGUAGCGGAGCACGGCGGCCUAGAAGCAGGCAUGUCAUCAGGAACCUUGAGCGCUGGGCAGCGGCAGCUUUAUUCUGUCGGUCGCGCAUUGCUUCGACAGCGUGUACGAGCGCGACAGUCGAUACGAGGCGGGAUUUUAUUGCUCGACGAAGUGAGCUCGAGUGUAGAUGUUCAGACGGAACGUCGCAUGCAAGAGAUCAUCAAGAAGGAGUUCGAGAACUAUACUGUGGUAGCCGUGAGUCAUCGGCUUGACAUGGUUAUGGAUUUCGAUAGGGUACUCGUCAUGGAUACGGGCGAGAUUGUGGAGACAGGCAAUCCUAUUGAAUUAGCUGAGGCAGUGGAAAGCAGAUUUGGAGAUCUGGUUCGAGCGAUGAGGAAGCAGUAA